CACAUCUUCAUAAAAUGAUUUGUGCUAGUACAGAAAUACUGCAUGAAUAAGAAUGGAAGGUGUCGCUCACGAAUUUUGGAGAAAUUAUUAUACUCGCCGCGGAUUCCGAAUGCCACUUGUAAUAAAGAUAAACUGGCGGGAUUAUAUUGGAGUUCCGGCAAUUACUCCGUUUUGUCUUAUCUAUUUCUGAUUACUUAGCAGCGCGUCUUCUAUAAGUUGUCCUUAUUCGGCGCACGACACGUUCUACACGGCGUUCGUAUAAUCGUCUUCUUGGUUUGCAAACAUGUACAGAAAUUCGAUAUUUUGGCAGUAGGAAACAGUCAGAAAACAGAUAUUUGAAAGGUCACAUGUCAUGCUUAAAAGUAAUCGAUAUACACAAAGACGGUUUUACUGAAUUUUGUGCACAGCGCCAGGAUAAUGGAGCACGCGAACGUCUGGACUGGAUCACAGAGAAAAACUUCCACAAGUCGAAAAACGUCUUCUACGGAUUCUAGUGCAGCGCACCAGGCAGCGGACAGUGGAGCCGAUAAUGUUUUUUUACGGAAAUUUUCUUUUGCUAACUAUGCACGUCCGGAUAUACCGGAAGAUCACGGAACAGGCAUACAAUUGCCAUCCACAUUCUCACCGGAUUUUCAUGACCGCAGUGCAGUGUUGAAAUUGCGAUUUAAUUAUGUGGGCAAUACCGGGAUGCACUUCUCGGCGCUAGGACUAGGAACGUCGACUUUCGGAAAUUUAUCCGAUUCAGACGAGCUGAAAGCUAUCGACACUGUACAUACGGCUUUGAAGUGCGGUAUUAAUUAUAUUGCCACUUCACCGUCAUACGGAAACGGGGCGGCGGAAAUAUUAUUAGGAAAAGCUUUAUCUUCCGUUCCGCGCAAAACGUUUUAUAUUGGAACAACAGUGGGACGGUACCAAGAGGACAUCAGUAAACGAUACGAUUUCAGUGCAGAGACGGUUUUGCGAAGCGUAGAUGAAAGUUUAGCACGACUUCGUUUGCCCCAUGUUGAUAUCAUUCAGAUACAGGAUGCCGAAUUUGCUCCCAAUCUCGAAGUGCUAUUGAGCGAAACCCUGCCAGCUUUGGAAAAAGUGGUGAACGCGGGAAAAGCAAAAUUCAUCGGAAUUUCUGGAUAUCCGGUAAAUUUUCUUCAGGAUGUGAUAUCGCGAAGUAGCGUUCCGCUGGAUACAGUUUUGUCGUACGGCCGGUACGGGCUGUUCAAUCGGGAUUUGAAAGACAUCAUCCCGUAUUUGAAGGAAGGCGGUGUGGGCAUAAUAAAUUCGGCACCACUGGGCAUGGGUUUACUGUCUGCCAAUGGUCCCGCAAGCUCCCAUCCGGCUCCAGAAUCGCUGAAAAGGUCAGCGAGGGAAGCUGUUGCUUUUGCCAAGGAACGCGGCGAAGAUCUGGCUAAAAUUGCUAUGCGAUACUGCUACCGAGUCCCGGAUGUCUGCACAACUGUGGUCAAUAUGGACAGACCGGAAACUGUAAGAGAAACCUACGAAACCUGUAUACAACCGAUGACGGAAAACGAAAAUUCUGUGAUGCAUGAAGUCGUGAAAAGAUUUUUUCUUCCUUUGGGAAGAACGCACUGGGAAAACAUCGAAGUGACAAAAUACUGGGAAGCUAUGGAGAAUGCCGGGCUGGUGCAACCACGACCUUUAUCCGAAUCCGAACACGAAUUUCACAUCCCAGAAACUAAUUAAUUUUAAUUUACAUACCUCAAAACAAAUCCACACCAGUAUAUCUAUGUGUAUGUGCUUAAUUAGAAGCGCAGCUACAAAAUGUUGCGUACAAAGGUAAAUACUGUAUCAAAUAACGGAUCAACUGGUUCAAAAAAGUAACAAGGAUAAAAGAAGUAAAAAACGAUUUGGCAUUAAAUAGUAUAUCACA